AUGAACGCUCCGGUUGUCCGGCGUGCCCUCUACACGGGCCUCCAAUUCUUCAUCCUCCCUUACCUCCUCUUGAUGACCCUCCCCGUCAUCAACUACGCAUUCCAGCUAGACUACGGCUGGGCCGAGGGGUUGCAGGCUGGUGCAGCUGCGCUGAUCCUCCUCGCUUUCGUUGUGGUGUGCCUCGACCGACCGCGUUGGAGUGAGUUGGCGCUGGUCGCCGGCACACUAGCUGUCGGCAUCCUCGAUAGCGUCUUCCUCUGGGUCCACCGUGAGCGCGAGUCGACACCGCAAGCGGGCAAUCCUUUGUGGAUGUUCAUCGUCCAGGUCAUCUUGACGACUACUUUCGGGUUCUCCGUCCUCACUUAUCUUAUCCUCGCUCUCCAUAGCAAGGAUGAGGAGGGGCUCACGGGUGAUGGCGAUGUAGCACUCCCCGAGGUUGAGCUUGCCACGCCGCCACGGGACGUCAUCGGCGGGCAUCGCACCAUCCUCUACCGUUGGGCCGGAUACCUCGCCGCACUGCAGGCGACCGUCACGGCUGCCCCCCUUAUCACUUUAGCAACAGCCAUGUGGUCACCGGUGCGCACGUCAGGAUCCUUCGUGGCCAUUAUCAUAGGUAUUUUCCUCGCGUUCUUUAUCGUCACCUACGGCGCGUUCGCCGUGAUGCGUGGCCCGUGGUCCACUGCGACGCAGGACAAGUUCUAUCUGCGCGCCAAACUCGCUCUACUUCUCUCCGUCGCGUUCACGGUUGUCUCUGCGCCGUUCUCGUUUCCCCGAUUUCACGAGUACGACUUUGAGGUCACGCCCUUCAUGUACUUUGUGUGGGCGUUGAGUAUUGCUGGAGCCGUGGGCGUGCUCAUUAUGCUGGGCAUCAUCAUCCGGUUCGAGAGGAGGCGGGGCAUUGCGCUCCGGGACGACAGCGACGAUGUCACGCUCGACGGUUAG